UCAAUAUACUUCCGCACACACGCCACGUCAUACGCGCGGCACACGCAUGUCACGCAUCGUGCGAACCGUUACGCGUGUAACACUGUGCGAACGUGUGAACGUGCACGAACCGCUGUGCACGCCGGUAUCGGGACGGAUCCAGGAAUCGGUCAGCUUCGCCUGGAGCACGGGAACUCGCGGUGGAGCUGUGCACUCAAGAAGGUUUACUGCCGAUCCAUUCCGGAGGGAACCGCGGCGAACAUCGUUAUUGAAAUAAUGAAGAGAGAAGCUGAUGCAGGCGCUAUGACAGGUUCUGGAGGACCGACAAGUCCUCACAAGCGUUACAGACAGGGUGACGAUGAACUUCGUCUUCUGAUCCCCAGCAAGGUAGCCGGUUCGAUAAUCGGCAAGGGUGGCCAGAAUAUCACCAAACUGAGGAGUCAGAAAACUAUGAAACCGUUCGUUCCUUUUUACCUACAUACGACCAAAGAUAAAUGCAAUAUAUAUAUGGUGCUUACCAUCAGCUCGGAUCUGCCCACCGUACUCCAAGUGUUGAACGAGGUCGUACCUAAUCUCGAGGAGGUGAGUGUUGCUACCAGAAGAGGAUCACACGGGAAAAGAAAUGACUCAAUCAAUGGAUCUCGACACGGGAGCGACGAGAUCGACGUGCGCAUGUUGGUGCAUCAGAGUCAAGCCGGAUGCAUAAUCGGCAAGGGAGGUUUAAAGAUCAAGGAGCUUCGCGAGAAAACUGGGGCAAGGAUCAAGAUUUAUUCUCACUGCUGCCCUCAUAGCACUGACCGGCUGAUCAGCAUCUGCGGCAAACCGACCACGUGCAUCGAGUGCAUCCGCGAGUUGAUCGCCACUAUUAAAACCUCGCCACUGAAGGGCGUGAACAACCCCUACGAUCCGCACAACUUCGACGAUUAUUACGCGGACGACUACGGCGGCUAUGGGACCGGGGACGGCGGCCAAGGGAAAGGGGGUGGCUUUGGGGGUCCUGGAGGGCGCGGUGGCGGCGGAGGCGGCGGCGGUGGCGGAGGUAUGCCGCCUCGACGCGACAAUCGCGCUGGGCCAGGCGACAUGAAUCGCGGGUUCCCGCCACCACCGAGAGGUGGGCCGCGCGGCGGAGGCGGCGGAGGCGGCGGUAUGUCUGGCGGGCCACCGGAUCGCGGCUACGGGGGCAAUUCUCGCGGAGGAGGCGGCGGUGGAGGAUACGAAGGCGGGCGAGGCGGAUACGGCGGCAACAGGGGUGGUCCGCCGCCGUAUGCCGCUGGGAACUACAAUGGUGAUGGAUGGGGUAUGCAAGGAGGCGCGCCAAACGGUUUGGGUGGUGGUGCUAAUUCGGGAAUGAGCGGCCCACCUAUGGGUGGCAAUAAUCAAGGGAAUCAGGGCAACAUGGGUGGAAAGACCACCACUCAAGUCACCAUUCCUAAAGACCUUGCUGGGGCAAUUAUCGGCAAGGGAGGCGCCAGAAUUCGAAAAGUAAGAUCAGAUAGCGGUGCUGGAAUUACUAUAGACGAACCGUUGUCUGGCAGUAACGAUCGCAUUAUCACUAUAACCGGAUUACCCAGUCAGAUACAAAUGGCUCAGUACCUGCUUCAGCAGAGCGUGCACGAGAAUGCAGACCAUUAUUAGGACGUGGUGUAAAGAGGAAGCAUUCGGGGGGAGCCAAAGAUGCGUUUAUAAUUUUUUUAGGGAUACUUCUUCGCGCGGAAAGUGGAGACCGAUUAAAAGCGACGAGAACUUUUUCAUCGAGAGAGAGAAGAAAAAAAAAAAGAACAAUAUAAUAUCACACACUUGGCGUUUCUCCUUAUGCGUUGCAAGACCAACAAAAAAAAAAAGGAAAAGAGGAAAAAAAUUUCCUAUAUAAAUAUUAAUCGGUCGAAGCAAAAAGCAAGGAGAGACAAUCUAUUCUACAGACUUUUUCCAUUCGAUUCUAUGGAUUUAUGAGCAAAAAAAAAAAAAAAAAAAAAAAAAAUAAGCUCACCUGCCUGCUUUCACGAGUCGAGAAACAUGGAAUUGGCAUUCGAGGAACAACCUCCUCGUACAAGAAAGGCCAAAGAACAGCACUAUUUCUACGCCUGAGAUCGUUCUCGAUCUUACGCAUUUUUUUCUCUUUUUUUAGUUGUUUUUUUUUUCCCCCAAUCAUUUUAUAUCACGUGCUUUUCUCCACAGCUCUGGACGAGCUUUGAUAUGAUCAUUUUUUUCUUCUUUUAUUUCCCAUUCGUUUUAUUCCUUUAUUGUUUUAACUAAUCCCCCCCACUCCCCCACCCCCCACCCACCCCCCCAAAGAGUCCCUAUCGAAACGCACAUUGUUCUCUGUUCCCUCUUUUCUUCGCUGUUUUGCUGCGGAAACAUUGCGAAAUUUGUUCUUUUAUUCGUGGCAAAUCGUAAAAAAAAGAAAAAAAAGAAAAAAAAGGAAAAAAAAUAGAAAAAAAAAGAAAAGAAAUUCAUGAAUUUUACAUGUUCAAGUUUCUGACAGCUGAAGGUGAAAGAUCGAAAAGUUUAAAUAUCAAUGGAAAAAUGUAGCGAUAAUAUCGAAGGAAGGGAGAGAUUAUCGAGUGAAUUGAAAACAGAAACGACGAGAGAACUAUAAAUCUAUAUAUAAAAAAAAAAAAAAUAAUCGACUCAUUAUAAUAUGCGGUACUUUUUGUAUAUAACAUAUUACUUUUCCAAAUACGGAAAAAAAGAAAAAAAAAGAAAAAAAUAAGAGAAAAGAAAUCGUUAACGAUAUCAUUUCCCUUUCCUCAAUCGCUGCCCGCCACCCGUCUAUUGCUGCAUUACGAUUAUCUUUAAUUAUGAUUAACUAUCGUACGAUUAAGAAGAGUAAUUUUGCAUUGAUCGUAUACUACUUAUCAAUUUUACUGAUCGAGCGCGUAAAAAGUGUUCGUAAUCUCUUUUUCUGCGACGUAACUGUUAAGCGUGUAACAAUUCUAAUAAUAGAGAGUGAUAAACUGCUAAGCUAUUAUACAAGGCAACUCUAUUUGGAAAUAUCGCUAUAUAGUACGAGAUGUUGAAUCAAAAAAAGAAAAACUUGCAACGAAGUCUGAGGAUGCGUUUUUUUUUAGAAAAUAGGUAACGCGUUUAACCGGAAAAGGACGUAAUUUGGUUCUUAAAUAAUAAGAAUGGCCAACGUAUUAGAAAUUAUAUUGCGUAUACAUCACUUCUAAGGACAUAUAUAUAUAUAUAUCACACGUUAUGAUCAUCUGCGACAGAAGAAGACAAAUGAAGAAGAAAAAGCAGCUUAAUGGGAAGAAAGUUUUAUUACUUAUAUGUAUGGAUCGAGUGUUUAAAUUAAACAUUUAACAAAAAAAAACAUCGAACAUCAAGUUCGAACUUUCAAAAGUGAACACCUAUAUGAUGAUGGUAAUGGUCUCUUCGCACGGAUCGUUCGAAGCAGAGUCUUGCAAGAAAAUAAAGUAAACGAGAAGAAAUUCGUUCGUAAAUUAAUACUAGCCCAAAGUCAAUCCUGCAUUUUGUAUUUUCUCGAGCUCUGCAAAUAUUCAUCUUGUUUCCUCUGAAACUUUUUACACGUUGGGUUCAUCGGUGAUAGGAUAGUAAUAAGAGUGUUCUCUUUUUGGAGGUUGCAAACUUGAACAAGCGCGCGGGCGCCAAUUUUAAAUAGAGAUUUAUCGCAGAUGAGGAAGAAGUGACAAAGAAAUAAUAGAGAAGAAUCGAAAAGCCGCCCUCAAGUUAGAACGAACUCGUCCUCUUUCCCUUCCUCGAAUAGAAACUCUCACCACCCUUUUUACCCUCUCUCUCCUCUAUAUACCCUGAUAUAAUAUAACCUCGUAACGAAACGGAAAUAGAAGAAAAGAAGUGCGAAAUCAUAACCUUAA